GCCAGGAGGACAGCGGGACGGACGAGUCCUGCGAUAACUUCACAGACCUCAACCUGUCUCACUGCUUCAUGGGAACCAGCCUGUACGUCCGGCUGCUGCUCUACACCCGCUCCAACCUCGACUGCGGCCGUGAGCUCAACCACCACAACCUGUCCUCCCAGCCUCUCUUCAACCUCUCCCACCCCACCGCCUUCGUCAUCCACGGCUACCGGCCCACCGGAGCGCCCCCCAUCUGGAUAAACCACUUGGUUCACCUGCUGGCCGAGCAGGAGGACAUGAAUAUUAUCGUGGUGGACUGGAACAGAGGGGCGGCCAACCUCAACUACUUCACCGCUGUGGCCUACACGAGCGAGGCAGCUCACAACCUCACCGGCUUCAUCAUGACUAUGCAGGAGGAAGGAGCGUCUCUGAGCUCGGUUCACCUCAUCGGUGUCAGUCUAGGAGCUCACCUGGCUGGAUAUGUAGGAGCAAAUCUGAAGGGGAAGAUUGGACGCAUCACUGGUCUGGACCCAGCGGGGCCGAUGUUCACCAGCACCACACCAGAGGAUAGGCUGGACCCCUCAGACGCCAUGUUUGUGGACGUACUUCACACUGACAUGGACUCGUUUGGACUGAGAGGAGCCCAUGGUCAUAUUGACUUCUACGCAAACGGUGGAGCAGACCAACCAGGGUGUCCCAAAACCAUCUUUGCAGGUAAAUCUUAUUUUGUGUGUGACCACCAGCGCUCGGUGUUUCUGUUCUUGUGCUCUCUGAACCGAACCUGCAGCCUCACAGGUUACCCCUGCUCGUCUUACAGCGACUUCCUGGAUGGGCGGUGUAUGCAGUGUGAGGCCUUUAAACCUGCACCCUGUCCUGUGCUUG